AUGCUGCUGGGGCCAGUUUUACUGUCUGUCUCUUUGGCCAUGAGAUUUAGACUGUCUAGUGCUAGAAGAUAGAUAAGCAGGAAAGUUGUUACUCUUUAAUGCUCAAUUUAAAAUACUUUGAAAAUGUGUAAAAAGUUCCAUUUCUUGCACAGCCCUCUUUUCUGUCUUUGUAGACUUUAACAUGUUUGGGCUUGUUUUAAAAUUCACACUAAACAAGAAGUUUUAAAAGUGUGAACUUCUUGAUACUUUUGCCUUUAAAUAACAAAUUACUAGUGGUUUGAAGGGCAAACUUAUCAAAGCACUUAACUGUUAAGUACAGUGGAAAAAAAAAGUGAGUUAAGAUACUAGAACUAUCCAAGUUGUAAGCCUCAGCCUCAUUCUUACCAGGAGUCAUUUAAUGUUUUUCAUUAUGAUUUUUAUGAUGAACUUUGUCAUUGUGAACAUGAGACUCACCAGUUUUUGAGGGCAUCUUGACCUGAGUUUCAGUUCCAUAGUCCUGAUUCUCUUUAGGUUCCUUAAGGUGCUACGUGGAUCACCUAAAUGCAAAAGGGGGCCGAUAAUAGCUACUUCCUUAAAGAAAUAAUGUACAACAUUUUUGAAGUUUAAACUCAUCUCCCAGGCUUAUGAAGUACUUUCAGAUGUAAAGAAAAGGGAAAUUUAUGACCAGGGUGGGGAGCAGGCUAUUAAAGAAGGAGGCACCACAAGCGGCAACUUCUCAUCACCCAUGGACAUUUUUGACAUGUUCUUUGGCGGUGGAGGGCGGAUGACCAGAGAGAGAAGAGGCAAAAAUGUCGUGCAUCAGUUGUCUGUAACGCUCGAAGACAUAUAUAAUGGAGUUACAAGGAAACUAGCACUCCAGAAAAAUGUAAUUUGUGAAAAAUGUGAAGGAAUUGGUGGGAAAAAGGGAUCCGUUGAAAAGUGCCCCAUCUGCAAAGGGAGAGGAAUGCAAAUUCACAUCCAGCAGAUUGGGCCAGGAAUGGUCCAGCAGAUUCAAACAGUGUGUCUAGAAUGUAAAGGCCAAGGUGAACGCAUCAACCCCAAGGACCGGUGUGAGAACUGUAAUGGCUGUAAAGUUGUAAGAGAGAAAAAAAUUAUAGAAGUUCACAUAGAAAAAGGUAUGAAAGAUGGACAAAAGAUUAUGUUUCAUGGAGAAGGAGAUCAGGAGCCUGAGCUGGAGCCUGGUGAUGUCAUCAUUGUGCUUGAUCAGAAGGAUCAUGGUGUCUUUCAGAGAAGAGGCCAUGACUUGAUAAUGAAAAUGAAAAUUCAGCUCACUGAAGCUUUAUGUGGUUUCAAAAAGACGAUAAAAACUCUGGAUAAUCGAACUCUUGUAAUAACUUCUAAGUCAGGUGAAGUGAUAAAGCAUGGUGACUUGAAAUGUGUACGUAAUGAAGGCAUGCCCAUCUAUAAAGCACCAUUAGAGAAAGGCUCUCUCAUCAUACAGUUCUUGGUUAUCUUUCCUGAAAAGCACUGGCUCCCCCAAGAAAAAUUGCCUCAGUUAGAAGCUUUACUUCCGCCGCGACAAAAAAUAAGAAUCACGGAUGACAUGGAUCAAGUAGAACUCAAGGAAUUUAACCCCAGCGAACAAAACUGGCGCCACAGCGCGGAAGCGUAUGAAGAAGACGACGAGGGCCCCAGAGCGGGAGUGCAGUGCCAGACAGCGUGAUGUGGCGUGUGCGGACUAGCAAACUGAUGAAUGUAAAGUUGGCACAAUGAAAAUGGCAUCGCUUUAA